CAAUGACAUCCUUCCUGUUUCUCCUGGGGCAGCACUGAACGCAGACCGUGUGCUGCUUCAGCUGUCACGUUUCUUUAGCAGCCUUUCCUGUGGGAUGCGCCCCCCCCUCCUCCCCGUGUCUUGCGUGGAACGAACACGUCUGGGGUGCGCGGGGCGGUGUUCUGUAGGACGCUCCUCUGGGCUUGUCUGCUGUUCCCUCAGAGUGGACGGAGGUCCCGCCGCUGGUGGGAGCCCUGCGGGAGGGCCGUCUCGUCCGCGUCUGAGCUCCUGGAGCCUGGUCUGGUUGGCCAGGGGGUAUCCUCCCGUGGGACGCCGGGUGCGCCCUGCAGUGCCUUCCUGGAUUCUUGGAAUCCUCGGGUCCUGGGGUUCCCUCUCCCCUAAAGGAUCCAGUUGGGUUUCGGAACUUGCCAUGAGCUCCUUCUUCUCAGCCUGCUCGCCUGCUUCCCUCAGCUCACCUUCUGCGCAGCCCUCGGGGCACUGCGGCCAGGGAAGGGCCCGAAGCAGUGGGAAGCCACAGGCAGGUCAGGGCACGGCCACGGCUGGGCUGUCCACGCUCCACACCGUGGAGGGACAGGGCGGGCGGGGAGCGGGAGAGAGGCCGUGGGUGCCAGCCUGGGCCCGGUCCAGGUCCCCUCGCCUGCCCCUCUGGCCAGAGCUGGACUGUGUCUGUUCAGGGAGCCAAGGACCCGCCAAGGGCGAGAGGCCACUUUUCUUAGUUUUCUGGGUCUGAGCACCCCUGCAGGCGCUGGCAGCCCCCCACCUUCCUGCAGAGAAUCCAGGGAAGCCGGGGCACAGCACUUUGGGGGAGGGGCUGUGAAGGGCUUGCUGGUAACUGAAGAGCCAGUGGAGGUGCUACGGGAAGGCUCUCGGGGCCUCAUCCUGAUGGUUACUGUGGCGUUCCUUCUUUCGUCCUUGACGGUGCCCCUCGGCCGCGAGCCCAGGGCUCCGGACCGCCAGCAGGAUGGUGGGCGAAGGCCCCUACCUCAUCUCCGACCUGGACAAACGGAGCCGGCGGCGGCGGUCCUUUGCAGAGAGAUACGACCACAGCCUGAAGACCAUGAUCCCCAUGAGGCCGUACGCGAGGCUGGCGCCCAACCCCAUGGACGACGCGGGGCUGCUCUCCUUCGCCACGUUUUCCUGGUUCACGCCACUGAUGGUGAAAGGCUACAGGCACACGCUGACGGUGGACACUCUGCCCCCACUGUCGCCGUACGACUCCUCCGACACCAACGCCCAACGGUUCCGCGUGCUCUGGGACAAGGAGGUGGCGAGGGCGGGCCCCGAGAAGGCCUCCCUGGGCCGAGUGGUCUGGCAGUUCCAGAGGACGCGGGUCCUGAUGGACACGGUGGUCAACAUCCUGUGCAUCGUCAUGGCCGCCAUCGGGCCGAUGGUCCUCAUCCACCAGAUCCUCCGGCAGACGGAGAGCGCCGCCCGCAGCGUCUGGGUGGGCGUCGGCCUGUGCGUGGCCCUCUUUGCCACCGAGUUCACCAAAGUCCUCUUUUGGGCCCUGGCCUGGGCCAUCAACUACCGCACGGCGAUCCGGCUGAAAGUGGCCGUGUCCACCCUGGUGUUCGAGAACCUGGUGUCCUUCAAGACGCUGACGCGCAUCUCUGUGGGCGAGGUGCUCAACGUGCUGUCCAGCGACAGCUGCUCCCUGUUCGAAGCCGCCUUGUUCUGCCCCUUACCGGCCACCAUCCCCAUCCUCAUGGUGGUCUGUGCCGUGUUCUCCUGUUUCACCCUGGGGCCCACAGCACUCAUCGGCAUAUCUGUCUACAUCAUCUUCGUCCCCAUCCAGGUGUUCAUGGCCAAGCUCAACUCGGCUUUCCGAAGGUCAGCGAUCUCCAUGACGGACAAGCGGGUGCAGAUCAUGAACGAGUUUGUGACCUGCAUCAAGCUGAUUAAGAUGUACGCCUGGGAGAAACCCUUCACCCAGACCAUCAGAGACAUCAGGAGGAGGGAGAGGAAGCUCCUGGAGAAGGCGGGCUUUGUCCAGAGCGGGAACUCGGCGCUGGCCCCCCUCGUCUCCACCAUCGCCAUCGUGUCCACGUUCACCGGCCACAUCCUGCUGCGGCGCAAGCUCACGGCCCCCGUGGCAUUCAGUGUGAUCGCCAUGUUCAACGUGAUGAGGUUCUCCAUCGCGAUCCUGCCCUUCUCCGUCAAGGCGGCGGCCGAAGCCAGCGUCUCCCUGAGGAGAAUGAAGAGAAUUCUCGUAGCCAGAAGCCCCCCCUCCUACAUCACCCAACCAGAAGGCACAGACACUGUCUUGCUUUUAGCAAAUGCCACCCUGACGUGGGAGCAAGAGGCCGGCCGGGAAAGCGACGUAAAGAAAGCGGAGAAGCAGGAAAAGCGUCUUCUCACGAAACAGAGGUCGGAGACGUACAGGCCGAGUGCCUCGGCCGCGGGCGCCGCGGGCCCAGAGGACCCGAGAGGUGGCGGCAAGUCGGUCCUGCACAACAUCAGCUUCGUGGUGAGGAAGGGGAAGGUCCUGGGGAUCUGCGGGAACAUUGGGAGCGGGAAGAGCUCCCUCCUCGCAGCCCUGCUGGGCCAGAUGCAGCUGCAGCAGGGGGUGGUGGCGGUCAGCGGGACCCUGGCCUACGUGUCCCAGCAGGCGUGGAUCUUCCACGGGAGCGUGAGGGAGAAUAUCCUGUUCGGAGCCAAGUACGACCACCAGAGGUACCAGCACACGGUGCGAGUCUGCGCCCUCCAGGAGGACCUGAGCAGCCUGCCUUACGGGGACCUGACCGAGAUCGGGGAGCGGGGCCUCAACCUCUCGGGGGGGCAGAGACAGAGGAUCAACCUGGCCCGCGCCGUCUACUCGGACCGCGAGGUCUACCUGCUGGACGACCCGCUGUCGGCCGUGGACGCCCGCGUGGGGCAGCACGUGUUCGAGGAGUGCAUCCGGAAGACGCUCCGCGGCAAGACGGUCGUCCUGGUGACACACCAGCUGCAGUUCCUGGAGUCCUGUGACGAGGUCAUUUUGUUGGAAGAUGGAGAGAUCUGUGAGAAGGGAACCCACAAGGAGCUAAUGGAGGAGAGAGGGCGCUACGCAAAGCUGGUGCACAACCUCCGGGGGCUGCAGUUCAAGGACCCUGAGCACAUUUACAACGCGGCGAUGGUGGAGGCCCUGCAGGAGGGCCCCACGGACAGAGAUGAAGUUCUGGCUCCCGAUGAGAAAGAGGAAGGAAAAGAAUCCGACACGUACUCAGAAUUCAUAGACGUCAAAGCCCCUCUGCACCAGCUUGUCCAGACCCAGCCCUCCCGGGAAGGAGCCGUGACCUGGAGGACGUAUCACACGUACAUUAAGGCGGCUGGAGGCUACCUCCUCUCCCUCUUCACCGUGACGCUCUUCCUCCUCAUGAUCGGCAGCACCGCCUUCAGCAACUGGUGGCUGGGCUUCUGGCUGGACAAGGCCUCGGAGACGACCUGUGGGCCGCAGACCAGCAACGGCCCGUGUGAGAUCGGCACGGUGCUGGCCGACACCGGGCACGGCGUGUACCUGUGGGUGUACGCAAGCAGCAUGGUGUCCGUGCUGGCGUUCGGCAUCACCAAGGGCUUCACCUUCACCAAGACCACCCUGAUGGCGUCCUCCUCGCUGCACGACCGCAUGUUUGACAAGAUCUCGCAGAGCCCGAUGAGCUUCUUCGACAUGACGCCUAGCGGCCGGCUCAUGAACCAGUUCUCCAAGGACAUGGACGAGCUGGACGUGAGGCUGCCCUUCCACACGGAGAGCUUCCUGCAGCAGAUCUCCCUCGUGGCCUUCAUCCUCGUGGUCCUGGCCGCCGUGUUCCCCGCUGUCCUCCUGGUGCUGGCCGGCCUUGCCGUGGGCUUCCUGGUGCUUCUAUGCGUCUUCUACAGAGGAGUCCAGGAGAUCAAGAAGGUGGAGAAUGUGAGCCGCUCCCCCUGGUUCUCACACAUCACCUCGUCCAUGCAAGGCCUGGGCAUCAUCCACGCCUACGACAGGCGGGAGGACUGCAUCACCAAGUUUAAGAUGCUCAACGACGAGAACUCCAGCCACCUCCUGUACUUCAACUGCGCCCUGCGCUGGUUCGCCCUGAGGAUGGACGUCCUCAUGAACAUCGUCACCUUCAUCGUGGCCCUGAUGGUGACCCUGAGUUUCUUCUCCGUCAGCGCCGCGUCCAAAGGCUUGUCGUUGUCCUACAUCAUCCAGCUCAGCGGGCUGCUGCAGGUGUGCGUGCGCACGGGGACCGAGACCCAGGCCAAGUUCACCUCCGUGGAGCUACUCCGGGCGUACAUCUCGACCUGUGCUCCUGAAAGCGCCCAGCCCCUCCCAGCGGGGCCCUGUCCCCAGGACUGGCCCAGCCGCGGGGAGAUCACGUUCCGAGACUAUCGGAUGCGGUACAGGGACGGCACGCCCCUCGUCCUCGACGGGCUGGACCUGCACAUCCGGAGCGGGCAGACGGUGGGCAUCGUGGGAAGAACAGGCUCUGGGAAGUCGUCGCUGGGAAUGGCCCUGUUCCGCCUGGUGGAGCCGGCGGGCGGCACCAUCCUCAUCGACGGGGUGGACAUCUGCUCGGUGGGGCUGGAGGACCUCAGGACCAAGCUGACCGCCAUCCCCCAGGACCCCGUGCUGUUUGUAGGUACAGUAAGGUUCAACCUGGACCCCUUCGAGAGACACACGGACGAGAUGCUCUGGCAGGUGCUGGAGCGAACGUUCAUGCGAGACACGAUAAUGCGGCUCCCGGACGGGCUGCAGGCCGAAGUCACGGAGAACGGCGAGAACUUCUCCGUCGGGGAGCGGCAGCUGCUCUGCAUGGCCCGGGCCCUGCUCCGCGACUCCAAAAUCAUUCUCCUAGAUGAGGCCACCGCCUCCAUGGACUCCAAGACCGACAGCCUUGUGCAGAACACCAUCAAAGACGCCUUCAGAGACUGCACGGUGCUGACCAUUGCCCACCGCCUCAACACGGUCCUCAACUGCGACCUCGUCCUGGUCAUGGAAAACGGGAAGCUCUCCUUCCCUGACUUCCAGGUGGUCGAGUUCGACAAGCCCGAAGUCCUUGCUGAGAAGCCAGAUUCUGCGUUCGCAAUGCUCCUCGCAGCGGAGAACAAAGUCCGAGCAUAAAGGGCCCAGUGGGCUGAGAGGAGGAGGAGGACCUGGAUGGGCCUGCGGGAGGAGGGCCCUCAUCCUCGCAGGCAGCCCUGGCCACGGCCCGCCCACCCCGACACAGGCCGAGCUGAGCAGAGGCCCACGCCUCCUGACCUCACUGGGCAGCCUGGGCUGGUUGGGUGGUGAACAGAGGUAGAUGAAACUAGAGGGUUAACAACUGCCCCUCACACCCUGAAACCCCAAGGGCCCCUCACUAUCCUCAUCAGCACCCCCUCCGUGCCUGAAAAAUAGCCACUUGCAGUUAAAAACUGGUCAAAGUAAACAGAACGGGCAAAUUCCUGGGAGGGAGUGUGCAAAGGUUCCUGCCUUGCUGUCAGGAGGGGAAAGCGGCGUUUCCUCCCGUCUGACUUCUGUCCACACGUCCCUGAGUGUGAGAUGCGCAGUAACCACGCGGGUCUGUAGCACGAAAGACGGAUUACAGUGUUUAGCAGAAAACCUUUAAAAAAAUCAUAUUGCAUGUGCCAUUUGAUCCAUGACAAUAACCCGGAGAACAAGAUGCUGGAGUUCCUCUAUAAAUGACAUUUUUAUGGCUUCUCUGUGGGUCAUUAAAAUGCGGUAGGAAAUGAACCCACCCCGAAAUGCCGCCUUGCAAUUAUUUCCCUGCGGGUUCCGGCGUCUGCAGCCCCGUCUCUCACAGACCCUUGCUUUCUCCACGGGCUCCGCAGGAACCCCACCGCUUUCCCACACCUCACGGUUGGCUGUGACGGAGGCAGGGCCGACAUGUUCCCAGGAGCCCGGGAGACGGAGCCGCUAAUUCACGGUGACGUUGGGACAGAAGCAAACAGAUCGGACGGGCUGUGCCGUGCUCACCAAGGGCCGCCACAGGGACCGUCUCUCUCCUUAGGAUCGAAGGCCCAAGGAGCCCUGGUUCCCGGGGAGCAAGGGUUCCCCAAAGGUGCACGGCACUGAGGAAUAUCUCCCCCCGCUCCCCUGCAGCCCGCGGUCAGGAGGCCUCAGAAAGAACUCGCCCUCAAGUUAACAGAUCUGAAAGCGGCCCAGGAUUGUUGGUUAAAAUGUAAAAUGCUCUUUGCUAAGAGCUGGAAUCACACUGGCCAGAAGAGCAGGAUUUAAAACGAACUGAAAAGGACAGGAGGUCGCUGGGGGCAGACGCACUGAGCCAAGAAAUCCCUUCUCUUCCGGAUGAGGGCCGCCUCUGGGCGAGGCGAAAUCUGGCCCUAACACCCGCACACGAAGGCCUGACUCCGUGACCUGCACGUUCCUGCUCCCGCUGAGAAACGGCCCCUCUGGCGGGACCGGCAUCAAAGGGCCAGACCGAGGUCGUUUCCGUGGUUUCAGGCUGGCCUUCCCCUCAAUGCCAGGCGCCUCUGGGCCCCGGGCCGCCUCCACCCGGGGAGCCACACCCGGGGAACCUCCGUGUCUCACGUGUCCUUCACAAUCUUUUCAUUAUGUUAACACACAGCCCCCCACGGUCACCCUCUUCGCGCCGCAGUCGGGCGGGGGACGCACUGACCCCCACCAUCUCCAGAUCUUUCUCAUCAUCUCAUCUGCGGGGGAACGAUGAGCCCCCCCUCCCCCGGCGCCGGGGACGGUGAUUCUACGUCCUGUCUCCUGGAAGUGGACGCCCCAGGCACCUGCCUUUUCGUGACGGGGCCGCUCCCCUUAGCACUGUGUCCUCGAGGGUUGUCAGCAUGUCCCCCGCUGUGCGGCACCCGGGACAUGGGAGGGCCUCGCUGUGCCGUGACCGUGUGCCUCACGCCGAGUGACUGGGCACCUUGCCCUGUGCUCCGGCCUCGCCUUUCUCUCAAGGAGGCUGCGCAUGGCACCGCGGACGGCUCUGCACGGGAAACGCUGUUCUGCCGCCUCGCCACCUUCCCUACUGCGGCGGCAUUUUAAAAAAUAUGUUAUUGAUUUCAGAGAGGAAGGGAGAGGGGGAGAGAGAAACAUCAAUGAGGGGGGAAGUCACGGAUCGGCUGCCUGCUGCAUGCCCCACACUGGGGAUCGAGCCCAAAACCAGUAGCCCUGACUGGGAAUCGAACCCUGACCUCCUGGUUCAUAGGUCAACACUCAAGCACUGAGCCACGCCACUGGGCCCAGAAUGGAACCAGGACUUGAGCUGAACGAAGGGGAAGUGGGGUUUUUCCUUCCUGGACGGUAGGAAUCUGUGGGCAGGCCCAGUUGGCAGGCCCUUGCCUGCUGCGGAACUUCAUGGGGACAGAGAGAACAUUCCACGGCUCCCAGGCCCAGGCCCAAGUUCUCAGGUGCCUCUCUGCCACUGGGACGUCCAGCCCCGUGCUCACGGCUGACCCCCGCCCCGGCCUGUGGUGCAUCCUCACCCCCUUGAUGAGCGCCUGCUCGGAUGCGCGGUCGGGGCACCUUAGAUUCCCUACGAAACGACCUGUUGUCUAGCCCGGCAGGCAUUGCGCCGCUUCAAUGCCUCCUGCUCUGGAAUCGAUCCUGCUCAAGCCACGUCCUUAGAAAAAACUCCUGUCAUUUUCCAUUCAUCUCAGCGCUGAGUUUCCUGACAUAAUUGCGGGCCUGGGUGCCUCUGCCUCUGGUCUCACAGCUGGAGGAG